CGAAAAAAAAUCAAAAUCAUCCGAAUUCCCGCUACCCAAAUGAAAUUUCAAAAAUUCCGGAUUCAAGAAUUCAACCAAGUACCCCACUGGGAGACACGAACCCGCAUUUAUCUCUCUCUCUUGUUCCCCGUCGCCUUUUCCGCUUCGUAUCAGAACCCUACCCGGACCGACCCCUGAAUCGCGCAAUGGGCCGCAAGAGAUAUGCGUCGGCUCGUGCUGCUCCGGCCAAACAGGAGCAGAAGAAGAGAAGGCAGAGAGAGGUUGUGGAUUUGGCUGACGGGGGCUCCGAGCUUGACGACUUUGUCGCUUAUGAUCCUGAGCUUGAAGACGAGGAGGAGGUACAAGAAGAGUCUGGGGAAAACCUGGUUCGACUGCCCGAAAGAAGGACGGCUGCUAAGGCUUCUGAAGAUGGUGAAAGUGAGUUUGUUGGAGAUCCGGUUCCGGUUGAAGAAGCUAAGAGGCAGUGGCCUCACCGUUUUCAAAAGGCUAUGGGGAGAGCAGAUUGGGGAAGUAAGAGCACAACCACUCAAGCAGGACCUGCUAGUGUACCUCAGGCUAAGAAACAUUUUACAUCAGCAAAAGUUGAUGAUGUGAUUUAUAAUCUAGGGGACGAUGCUUAUGUGAUGGCUGGUGAGGGUGAAGAUAACUAUAUUUGUAAAAUUGUAGAAAUGUUUGAAGCACUUGAUGGUGUGUGCUAUUUUACAGCACAAUGGUAUUAUAGAGCCAAGGAGACUGUCAUCACAUCAUGUGAUCAGUUUGUUGACCCUCGCCGUGUAUUCUUUUCUGAAAUCAAGGAUGAUAAUAACAUUGACUGCCUUGUAAAAAAAGUCAGCAUACAUCGCAUACCAUACAAUGGAAAUUCUGAUUCAAGGGAUAUUAUUCCACAUGAAUCUGAUUUUUAUUGUGAUAUGAUGUAUCUUGUUCCUUGCUCCACAUUUCUGAACCUGCCACAUGGCAACACGCAUGUAGAUUUUACUGCUGCCGAUGUGUCCACUUCCACAAUCUCUAGCGAGUCCGAUGGGGCAGAAGUUAGAGAGCUUAAUUCAGAGAAAACGCUCUUAGAUAUUUAUUCUGGUUGUGGCGGAAUGUCCACGGGACUAUGUUUAGGAGCAAAUAGUUGCAAUGUUAAUUUGGUUACAAAAUGGGCUGUUGAUAUGAAUGGACCCGCAUGUGAUAGCUUAAGACUAAACCACCCAGAGACAAAUGUGAUGAAUGUGUCAGCUGAUACAUUUUUGGCCCUUUUAAAAGAAUGGCAACAACUUUGUGCUUCUUGUAUGUUGAUAACAAGCAACUGCUCCCCUCACCCUAAUUUGGAUACGUCAACAAAUGAUGAGGAAGAAGAAGAGAGCAAUGAUGAUGAUGAUGAUGGAGGUGAAGGUGAAGUGUACGAGGUUGACCAUAUUUUGGAUAUUUGUUACAGAAAGCCUAAUGGUGGUAGAAAGUCUGGCCUAUAUUUUAAGAUACAUUGGAAGGGGUAUGAUGAUGAUUAUGACACAUGGGAACCAAUCGAGGGAUUAAGUGGUUGCCCUCAAAAGAUCAAAGAAUUUGUUGUCAAUGGCUUUAAAGAAAAAAGACUGCCUCUACCAGGACAUGUUGAUGUUAUUUGCGGCGGUCCACCUUGUCAAGGAAUAAGUGGCUUCAAUCGAUUUCGGAACUUUAAGAAUCCUUUGGAGGAUCCUAAAAAUGAGCAAAUGAAAACUUUCAUGGAUUUGGUUGAUUUUUUAAGGCCAAAGUUUGUUUUGAUGGAGAAUGUUGUUGAUCUUUUAAAAUUUUCAAGUGGGUUUCUUGGGAGAUAUGCUUUAAGCCGGCUUGUAGGGAUGAAUUAUCAGGCACGGAUGGGUAUGCUUGCGGCUGGAGCGUAUGGCCUCCCACAAUUUCGCAUGCGUGUCUUUUUGUGGGGCGCCCUUCAAGAAGAGAAGCUGCCCCAAUUUCCUUUUCCAACCCACAAAGUUGAUAGUAGAGGCGUCAUUCCCAAAGAGUUUGAGUGCAACAAUGUUGAUUAUGAAAACCAUGAAGUCAACCUAAAGGACGCGCUCUUUCUUGAAGAUGCAAUUUCCGAUCUUCCUAAGGUUGAGAAUACUGAGGUUAGAGAAGAGAUGCAUUAUGUUGAUGAGCCAAAAACUCAUUUUCAGCGGUAUAUAAGACUUGGGCGAGAUGGUGUGCUUGGACAAGUUUUGUAUGAUCAUUGUCCAUUACAAUUGAAUGAAGACGAUUAUCAACGCGUAUGCCAUGUUCCAAAGAGGAAGGGCGCAAAUUUCAGAGAUUUACCUGGUGUUCGUGUGGUUGGCAAUAAGGUUGAGUUGGAUCCAGAUGUCGAAAGAGUGUAUUUGCCUUCUGGGAAGCCAUUGGUACCUAACUAUGCUAUCUCUUUUGUGAGAGGGACUUCGACCAAGCCAUUCAAAAGAUUAUGGUGGGACGAAACUGUCCCAACCGUUGUCACCAGGGCUGAGCCUCACAAUCAGGCAAUUUGUCACCCUGUCCAAGACCGAGUUCUCACAGUCAGAGAAAACGCGCGGUUACAGGGCUUUCCUGAUUACUACAAGCUUUGUGGCUCCAUCAAAGACAAGUACACACAAGUGGGAAAUGCAGUUGCUGUGCCAGUUGCCAAAGUUUUAGGUUACUCAUUAGCUCUCUCAUUCAAAGGCUUGUCUGAAGCAGCUGCCAUGUUUACGUUGCCCGAAGGAUAUGGCGCGAUUCAAGUGCUGCCAGCUGAUCAAAUGUCCUCUGCCGAAUUUCCACAAUGAUGUUUUUGAAAGUUAUUAUUGAUUGCGCUACAACAUACGGUUUUUUUAGUAAUUAUUCUUUUCUUCUCAGCAUUUGGACAAGUUAAAAAAACCCAUUGUUGCAGUAAAUUUUACUUUGCUGUAGAGUGUGAAGCAUUUCAUUGUUUAAUUUGUAAUAUUAUUCCCCAUUAUGACAUUGGCAAACCAAACAUUGUAUGGCUAUUCAAAUACUUUAAGCCUGAUCAAACUAACUUGUUAAUUUGGGCUGGUGGACCAAGUUUCCAUUAGACGUUAAAUUUUUUUAGCUUCAUGUUUUUUAUUUGAUCGGAGAUAGUAAAUAGAAUAACACUACGUAUAUUCAAUGAAGCAAGUUUUGGAUA